AUGGGUCCGAAAAAAGUUGACAAUAUAAAUAAAAUUCAUAGAGCAUCACAAGCUUCUUUAAAUAUAACAGUAGAUCCAGAAAAUCAUCAUUGUACUGGUAAAUUCGCUGCUGAUUUAGAACUUUAUUGUCGUGAAUCGUCUUCUACUUAUCCAAUAAAUAUUCCGGUGUAUAUUCGUAGUCAUCCACCAUCAUCGUCAUCAUUACAACAAUUAGGUACACAUUCUGGAGCAUCAAUUCCACCAUCAUUAAUUGCUGGUGAAGAAUAUGUACCAUCAUCAAUGAAACUUCCAUCCGGUGGACGAAUUCCAUCUCAUAGUCAAACUGGAACUUUAACUGGUAUUGAUAAUGAUAACAAAUCAGUUAGUAUUUUAGGAUAUGAAUCAUUAAAAUCAUCUUCAUCAUCUUAUAAAACAUUUCAUGUUGUUUCUAAUAGUGAUUUCUAUCGUCCGAAAUUAUUAGUAGAUUCAAUUGGUAAUGAAAAUGAAUCCAUCGAUCAAAUAAAAGCUUUAUAUAUGAGAGCAUGGCAACUUGAUCAACGUUUUAUUGAAGUCUUAAAAAAAGUUCUUCCAUUACAAGAACAAUUGCAUACUCUUAAUUUUUGUUUUGUUGGCUUGAGUGAACAAACUAUUUAUGAAUUUGCUGAAGUUUGUCAAUUAAUUAAAAAUUUAAAAACUGUUUCAUUAGAUGGGAACCCAUUAGCAGCAGAAUAUUUUCAUAUAUUAAUUGAAAAAUUUGAUUCAAAAAUUGUUCAUCUUUCUCUUCGUUUUUGUAAAAUUACUGAUACCGGUGCUGAACGUCUUGCCAAUGCACUUGGUAAUAUGUCAAGUCAAAAUUGGAAAUUAUUAACAUUAACAUUAACCGGUAAUCAAAUUGGUGAUAAUGGUGCAAAAUCAUUCGCAAAUGCAUUACGUUAUAAUCGAACAUUAAUAUCCCUUAAUCUUUCAUCGAAUUUUAUUACUGAUGUUGGUGCUUGUACUUUAGCAUUAGUUUUGAGAAAAAUUGUUUUAACACAAGAAGAAAUUGUUCGACGUAGAUAUUUAUUAUCUGAACGUUUUGGUGAAAUAAAUGGAAAUGAAUUGCGAAUUUAUGCUUUAUCACCAACUCCUUCGACAACAUCAACAAAAAGUCGAUCAGCUCGUGAUACAAAGCGUACAUUAGAAACGAAUAAAAAUCGAAAAACAAUUUCAACAAAAUCUACAGAAAAACGUCAUCGAAUUGGUUCUGGUGAUGAUAAUCAUUCACCAUCGACAAGUAAAAGUGAUCAAAAGAAAGGAAAAAAUGAAAAUACAAAUGCUCGAUCAACAUCAAAUAAUUCUGAACAACCACGAAUAUCAACUGCUACUCGUGGAAAGAGAACAACAUCAACUGCGAGUAGUUCAUCGAAAAAAAAUAUUUUAAAUGUUAAAGAAGAUGAAGAUAUAAUUGAAAAAGUACAUUCAUCUGCAGGAUCAUCAUCAGGAAAAUUACCCACUAUUCUAGGACAACGUAUUGAACGUGAAAAUCCUCUGAUAGAAAAAAAUGAAAAUCAAUUAAACAAUGGUGAAAUAAAUUUAAAAGGAAAUUAUGUUCUGCUGAAUUUAAAUCUAUCACGAAAUUAUUUAACAUUAGUAACUGUUCAUGAAUUUCUUCUUUCAAUACAAUAUCAAACAACGGUAACACAUUUUAAUGAAAUAAAUAUGGCUUCUUUGAUUGAUUUCACUGGACUUUGCCGACUUGAACUUAAAGGAAUGAGUGAUAUAUCAAAAACUUCUCCAGUUUAUCAAUCAUUGGAAGCACUUCUUCUUAAAAAAAAUCCAUCAUAUCGUUUGCAACAAAUAAAAGAACAAGAAACAAAAGAAUUUCUUGAACAACAACCAGUUCAAAUCGUACCUGAAAAAAUACGUGCUGGUUCAACUGUUCGAUCAGCAAGUUAG